UUGGUAGACGUAAAUCUCUUACAACAACAACUUCAAGUGGAAAUCCUUCGUCAAUUUGGUUUGAUAAUUGUGAAGAAGAAAGUGAAGUUGAAAGUAUGAGUGAUAAUCAACAAAAACAAAAUAUUGGUUCUUAUGCUGAUGCAGUUAAGGAUGCUCAAAAUGAAGUUCCAGCGCAAUCCUCAAAUACUUCUUCAUUAAGUAAUCUAACUAAUAAUAAUAAUCAAAAGAUAACAAAAUCAAGUAAUGACAAAUUAAUUAAUUCACCCACAGGAGAAUUCGUUCCAAUUAAAUCUGGUAAAACGAAUUUUAGUUAUGGAAUUUUACAUUUAUAUCGUGAUCCAAAAGAAAUUCCUUCCCCAAAUCAAGAAAAUGAAUCUACAGUGAAAAGCAAAGAAACUGAUGAAAGUAUGGAGGAUGAAUUUUUUAAUAAAGAUAAUACUAUAUUGGCGGUAUUGGCUGUACCGUCAUAUUUAAGUGCUUCCGAUUUUUUAGGAUUU